GGGAGGAGGCGGUGGCUGCGGAGGAGGAGGCGGCGCUCCCGCCUGGCCAGAGAGCGGCGCUGGGACCCGCGCGGCCGUGACCCUGCGGCUCCCGGAGGCCGAUCGCAGGCGCGGCGGACAAAGGAGCAUGUCGGCGCCGCGGAGGGCCUGUCCUCCGGCCGCCAGGAGGCUCCAGGCGCCGCCGGGCCCGCGCAGCGCCCCUGCCCGCCCGCGCUAGGCCGGCGCUCCCCGCUCGGUCCGCAGGCCCCGGCCCCAACAUGAAGCCGCCCGGGCGCCCGCGGGGCCGCGCGCGGCCGUUGCUGCUGCUGCCGCCACUCGCGCUGCUCGCACUGCUGGGAGGGGGCGGCGGCGGCGCCGCGGCGCUGCCCCCCGGCUGCAAGCACGAUGGGCGACCCAGAGGGACCGGCAGGGCGGCGGGCACCGCCGAGGGCAAGGUGGUGUGCAGCAGCCUGGAGCUCGCGCAGGUCCUGCCCCCGGACACGCUGCCCAACCGCACGGUCACCCUGAUUCUGAGUAACAAUAAGAUAUCGGAGCUGAAGAAUGGCUCAUUUUCUGGAUUAAGUCUCCUUGAAAGAUUGGACCUUCGCAAUAAUCUUAUCAGUAGUAUAGAUCCAGGUGCCUUCUGGGGCCUGUCAUCCCUGAAGAGAUUGGAUCUGACGAACAAUCGAAUAGGAUGUCUGAAUGCAGACAUAUUUCGAGGACUUACCAAUCUGAUUAGGCUAAACCUUUCAGGGAAUUUGUUUUCUUCAUUAUCUCAAGGAACUUUUGAUUAUCUUGGCUCAUUACGGUCUUUAGAAUUCCAGACUGAGUAUCUUUUGUGUGACUGUAACAUACUGUGGAUGCAUCGCUGGGUGAAGGAGAGGAACGUCACGGUCAGGGACACCAGGUGUGUUUAUCCCAAGUCACUGCAGGCCCAGCCAGUCACGGGCGUGAAGCAAGAGCUCUUGACGUGCGAUCCUCCCCUGGAACUGCCUUCUUUCUACAUGAGCCCGUCUCACCGGCAGGUUGUGUUUGAAGGAGACAGCCUUCCCUUCCAGUGCAUGGCCUCUUACAUUGACCAGGACAUGAAAGUGCUGUGGUACCAGGAUGGGCGGAUAGUUGAAACUGAUGAGUCGCAAGGUAUCUUUGUGGAAAAGAACAUGAUUCACAACUGCUCCUUAAUUGCAAGUGCCUUAACCAUUUCUAAUAUUCAGGCUGGAUCUACUGGAAAUUGGGGCUGUCAUGUCCAGACCAAACGUGGGAACAAUACAAGGACUGUGGACAUUGUGGUGUUAGAGAGCUCUGCGCAGUACUGUCCCCCGGAGAGGGUGGUGAACAACAAAGGGGACUUCAGAUGGCCCAGGACGUUGGCAGGCAUUACUGCAUACCUGCAGUGCACUCGGAACACCCAUGGCAGUGGGAUAUACCCCGGAAGCCCGCAGGAUGAGAGGAAGGCAUGGCGCAGAUGUGACAGAGGUGGCUUCUGGGCAGAUGAUGAUUAUUCUCGCUGUCAGUAUGCAAAUGAUGUCACUAGAGUACUUUAUAUGUUUAAUCAGAUGCCCCUCAAUCUCACGAAUGCUGUGGCAACAGCUCGACAGCUCCUGGCUUACACCGUGGAAGCCGCCAACUUUUCUGACAAAAUGGAUGUUUUAUUUGUAGCUGAAAUGAUAGAAAAAUUUGGAAGAUUUACAAAGGAGGAAAAAUCAAAAGAGCUGGGCGAUGUGAUGGUUGACAUUGCAAGUAACAUCAUGUUGGCUGAUGAGCGCGUCCUGUGGCUGGCGCAGAGAGAGGCUAAAGCCUGCAGUAGGAUUGUUCAGUGCCUGCAGCGCGUGGCUACGUACCGGCUGGCCAAUGGUGCUCAUGUUUAUUCAACAUAUUCACCCAAUAUUGCUCUGGAAGCUUAUGUCAUCAAGGCUUCUGGCUUCACUGGGAUGACCUGUACCGUGUUCCAGAAAGUGGCAGCCUCUGAUCGUACAGGACUUUCGGAUUUUGGGAGGCGGGAUCCCGAUGGAAACCUGGAUAAGCAGCUCAGCUUUAAGUGCAACGUCUCCAGUACAUUUUCAAGUCUGGCACUAAAAAAUACUGUUGUGGAGGCUUCUAUUCAGCUUCCUCCUUCCCUUUUCUCACCAAAGCAAAAAAGAGAAGUCAGAACAACUGAUGAUUCUGCCUAUAAGCUGCAGCUCAUUGCUUUCCGCAAUGGAAAGCUUUUUCCAGCCACUGGAAAUUCAACCAAUCUGGCUGAUGACGGAAAACGACGCACAGUGGUUACCCCCGUGAUUCUCACCAAAAUAGAUGGUGUGAAUGUCGAUACCCACCACGUCCCAGUGAAUGUGACACUGCGUCGAAUCGCGCACGGAGCAGAUGCUGUUGCAGCCCAGUGGGAUUUUGGUUUGCUGAACGGACAAGGAGGCUGGAAGUCAGACGGGUGCCGCAUUCUCCACUCAGACGAGAACAUCACCACCAUCCAGUGCUCCGCCCUCAGUAACUACGCAGUUUUAAUGGAUUUGACAGGAACUGAACUCUACACCCAGGCGGCCAGUCUCUUGCACCCUGUGGUUUACACCACUGCCGUCAUCCUCCUUUUGUGUCUGCUGGCCGUUGUUGUCAGUUACAUAUACCAUCACAGUUUGAUCAGAAUCAGUCUUAAGAGCUGGCACAUGCUUGUGAACUUGUACCUUCAUAUUUUCCUGACUUGUGUAGUUUUUGUGGGAGGAAUAACCCAGACCAGAAAUGCCAGCGUCUGCCAAGCAGUUGGGAUAAUUCUUCAUUAUUCCACCCUUGCCACGGUGCUGUGGGUGGGAGUGACAGCUCGCAACAUCUAUAAGCAAGUCACUAAGAAAACCAAGCGGUGUCAGGACCCCGAGGAGCCGCCACCUCCACCAAGACCGAUGCUCAGGUUUUACCUGAUCGGGGGUGGCAUUCCCAUCAUCGUUUGUGGAAUCACAGCAGCAGCCAACAUUAAGAAUUACGGCAGUCGGCCAAAUGCACCCUAUUGCUGGAUGGCAUGGGAACCCUCCCUGGGAGCCUUCUAUGGGCCUGCCAGCUUCAUCACUUUUGUAAACUGCAUGUACUUUCUGAGCAUAUUUAUUCAGUUGAAAAGACACCCUGAGCGCAAGUAUGAGCUUAAGGAGCCCACUGAGGAACAACAGAGAUUGGCAGCCCAUGAACACAGUGAGAUAAAUCACCAGGAUUCUAUGUCCUUGUCUCUGAUUUCUACAUCAGCGUUGGAAAAUGAGCACACUUUUCAUUCUCAGCUCCUGGGGGCUGGCCUGACUUUGCUCUUUUAUGUCACUUUGUGGAUGUUUGGAGCCUUGGCAGUUUCCUUGUAUUACCCUUUGGACUUGGUUUUCAGCUUCUUCUUUGGAGCCACGUGUCUGAGCUUCAGUGCGUUCGUCCUGAUUCACCACUGCAUUAACAGGGAGGAUGUCCGACUGGCGUGGGUCAUGACCUGCUGCCCAGGACGGAGCUCCUACUCCGUGCAAGUUAACGUCCAGGCCCCCAACUCAAGCGGCAUGAACGGAGAGGCACCCAAGUGCCCAAAUAGCAGUGCGGAGUCUUCCUGCACAAACAAAAGUGCUUCAAGCUUCAAAAAUUCCUCCCAGGGCUGCAAAUUAACAAACCUGCAAGCUGCCGCAGCUCAGGGCCACACCAACUCUUUACCUUUGAACUCCGUCCCUCAGCUGGACACCAGUUUGACAGAACAUUCAAUGGACAAUGAUAUUAAAAUGCACGUGGCGCCUUUAGAAGUUCAGUUUCGGACAAACGUGCACUCUAGCCGCCAUCAUAAAAACAGAAGUAAAGGUCACCGAGCCAGCAGACUCACAGUCCUGAGAGAAUAUGCCUACGACGUCCCCACGAGCGUGGAGGGAAGCGUGCAGAACGGCUUGCCCAAGAGCAGGCUGGGCAGUAGUGAAGGACACUCAAGGAGCCGGAGAGCAUAUUUAGCCUACAGAGAAAGGCAGUACAACCCACCCCUGCAGGACAGCAGUGAUGCUGCUGGCAGCACGCUUCCCAAAAGCAGUAGAAACUUUGAAAAGCCCGUUUCAACUAGUAGUAAAAAGGAUGCUGUAAGGAAGUCAACUGUGGUUGAAGUUGAAAGUCAGCAGAAGUCUUAUGGCCUCAACUUGGCCAGUCAGAAUGGACCAAUUAAAAGCAAUGGCCAGGAUGGACCCUUGCUGGGUACCGAUAGCACUGGCAACGUUAGGACUGGAUUAUGGAAACAUGAAACUACUGUGUAGCAUUGCAGGGCGUCCUGGGCAGAGAUUCCUACAAACUGUGAUCAUCACAUUCCUCUAAGCUAUGAACAUUUGAAAACAAACUGUUUACAGCCACCUUAGGAAUUCAAAAGAGUUUGAAAUCAACUUAGAUGGUUUGGAUUUUACUUAUUUUAUAUCCCCAAAUGGUUGCCUUUUUUUUUUUUUUUUUUUAGAAAUUAAAGGAAAAAAAAAAAAACCUUUUUAAAGCAUUGUUUUACUUGUCAGAGCACCAAUAGGCCAUUCUGGGAAUCUGAAAUGUAAUUUCUUUUACUCUAUAACAUCUACUUUGCAUUUCAGGAUUCUAUUUAAUAUAAUAAAUAAGUGUUU